GAUCUAGCAAGGGAAGUUACUGUACAGGAAACAAGCAAAGUCAUGUCGGCUAUCAAGACACUCAAUCCUAAAGCUGAAGUUGCUAGGGCUUCGCAGGCGCUUGCUGUGAACAUAAGCGCUGCUAAAGGUCUUCAAGAUGUCUUAAAAUCAAAUCUUGGACCAAAGGGGACCCUUAAAAUGUUGGUGUCUGGAUCAGGUGACAUCAAACUGACAAAGGAUGGGAAUGUUCUUCUUGAUGAAAUGCAAAUCCAGCAUCCAACAGCAUCUCUGAUUGCCCGUGUAGCCACAGCACAGGACGAUAUCACAGGAGAUGGAACAACAUCAAAUGUUUUGAUUAUUGGAGAGCUGUUGAAGCAGGCAGAUCUGUAUAUCUCAGAGGGACUUCAUCCUCGCUUAAUUACAGAAGGGUUUGACUUGGCAAAGGCAAAGGCUCUAGAGGUUUUGGAGGAGUGUAAAGUGUCUCGGGAGAUAGACAGAGACACCCUUAUACAGGUGGCCAGGACGUCUCUCAGGACGAAGGUUCACACUGAACUAGCUGAUCUGCUGACCGAGGAAGUUGUUGAUGCAGUAUUGGCCAUCAAACGAGGUAAUGACCCAGUUGAUCUGCACAUGGUGGAAAUCAUGGAGAUGAUGCACAAGACUGACAUGGACACAGUAUUGGUGAAGGGAAUUGUGAUGGAUCAUGGAGCCCGGCAUCCUGACAUGAAGAAGAGAUCCGAGAAUUGUUACAUUCUCACUUGUAAUGUCUCAUUGGAGUAUGAGAAAACUGAAGUCAACUCUGGAUUUUUCUAUAAGAGUGCUGCAGAAAGAGAGAAGCUGGUUCAGGCUGAGAGAGAAUUCAUUGAUGAACGUGUGAGGAAAAUCAUAGCCCUGAAGAAGCAAGUCUGUGAAGGCAACAACAAGAGCUUCUAUGUUAUCAACCAGAAGGGCAUUGAUCCUAUGUCUUUGGACAUGUUGGCUAAAGAAGGAAUUGUUGGACUUAGAAGAGCAAAGAGGAGAAAUAUGGAGAGAUUAACUCUAGCCUGUGGAGGAACAGCAAUGAACUCGGUAGAUGACCUAACCCCUGAGUGUCUGGGAUAUGCUGGUCUCAUCUAUGAAAGUGUUCUGGGAGAAGAUAAGUAUACUUUUAUUGAGCAAUGCAAGAACCCAUUGUCAGUCACUCUGUUGGUGAAAGGCCCCAACAAGCACACUGUGACCCAGAUCAAGGAUGCUAUCAGGGAUGGCCUUAGGGCUGUCAAAAAUGCCAUUGAGGACAAUUGUGUACUGCCCGGCGCUGGAGCAUUUGAGAUAGCUGCCUACCAGGAACUGAUGAAGUACAAAAAUGAAGUGAAGGGCAGAGCUAGACUAGGUGUCCAGGCAUAUGCUGAUGCUCUGCUAGUUAUCAUAAAGACCUUGGCACAUAAUUCAGGUCUAGAUGCCCAGGAAUCUAUUGUCAAAUUACAAGAGGAAUACACAAGUCCAAAGCAAGCUGUUGGUCUGGAUAUCAAAACAGGGGAAGCUAUUUUACCAAUGGAUGUAGGAAUUCUAGACAACUUUCGGGUCAAAAGACAACUUCUUCACUCUUGUACUGUUAUUGCCACAAAUCUUUUACUGGUGGAUGAAAUUAUGCGAGCAGGAAUGACCUCAUUGAAAGGAUAGCAUAGAACCUCAUCAUCUCUGUAGACAUUAAUUUAAUCUGAAAUCCUUUGAAAGUGAACAAAUCAUUUUUUUUCCCUGCCAUUAAAUAUUUGGAUGAAAAAACAGUU